AUAUACUACUAAACAUGUUACAACUCGAUGCGUGACCUACCAUUGCAACUAAAUAUCUCUGACGGUGACAGCUGGUUUAUUCAACCGUACGGACGAGUCUAUCUAAGCGCUAGGUGUUACCUGGACGAUUUUAAAUAUCAUAUUUAUAACUAGUGUUGUGAUGCUAAACUAUACACCUCACUGGUUGUAUGACCUACCAGCAGGUCAUGUCAGGCCAACUCGCUCUGGUAAAGAAUGGGCUAUCGUGGCUUGACAAUCGAUAGAUGAGGUUGAAACAUUUAUGUGACUCUGAUUUGUGGUUACUUUCAAUUUGCUGGCUAGAGCUAUUGAAUUGGCUCAUUGUGGGUAAAAGGAUUAGCUAUACACUAAUAAAGGUUAACUGGCCACCAGGGUUGAUUUAGCGUUGUGACUGAAUGGCUCAUCUCGUCACUAAAACGUGUUGGAUCUGUAGCACUUCGACACAGAGGAAAACUGAUAACAGUAGUGUGUGACGCGUGUGGUGACACGACGACCUCCGAAGCGUGCGGAUAGAAGCAGACACCGAAAAAGAAACAAAACGAGUCAAGGUGUUAUGGAAUAGAGGCAUGAGAAUUGUUAUCAAUGAAAACCUGUACAACUCUAGGGGCAGUCGACCUCGUGUUGAAGGUCACUGUAGUUAUCUUGAGCUUUGGGGUAAUAUCUGUCGUGGCAGCAGGUCGCUUCACGAACUGUGGAGGGUUUCUGAAUGAGUCGAAGGGGGUUAUACAUUCCCCUAACUUUCCGAAUCAGUUCCCUACCCCUAUUCUAUGUGAAUGGGUUAUCAAAUCCCCACUCGACAAAAAGGUGAUGAUAUAUUUCACCCAAUACUACCUGCGAGGACAUUUCCACGUGUUUGAAUAUGACUAUUACAAAGAUCCAGGCACUCCCUAUGCAGGAGAGAAAAAACUUGCCACUGUUAAUUACGAAGAUAAUAUCUGGGGCGUCGCUGGUCACAAACAGUAUGUUGUGCUUCGAUUUGCUGUUCAAGAAAUGGGAAACAUCCACAUGCGAGUGCUGGAUCACUUCAUGGACGUGUACGGUUUCAAUAUCACCUAUGAAUUUGUGGCCAAACACAGUAAUAUCACGAAAAACACAUGUUACGUACAGUCGUGCUCGUUUCUCGGGGACUGUAUCGCAACUGCAGAUUAUUCUGUAUAUGAAUGUGAGUGUUUCAAAGACUAUUUCGGCGACAUGUGUCAGUUUGGACCCCACUGUGAUCCUCUCAACAACAUCAACAUGUGUGAAAAUGGCGGAAAAUGCAGGUACUUUUACGGAACCUAUGUGAACUAUUGCGAAUGUCCGGAGGGUUUUUAUGGUACAAAGUGUGAGGAAACCGGAGAUAUCAUGUCGGAGAAGUGCAAGAUAUUGGACUGUGAACAGACCUGUAUUAACGAUCAAUGCUCAUGCUGGGAAGGAUUCCGAUUGAACUACGAUAAUCAGACAUGUAAACAUAUAGAUCGAUACCGCGUGACUGUGUCGAUACAUCCUGUAGACGAAUUUAUUGUCCGCUGGAUGACGUCAUCAACUGAGGGGUUGGUGGAAGGGCUUGAAGAGAGGAUGUAUGUUGACCUGUUUACUAAGCUAUGGAACCAAGGUUUAGACACGAUGGACAAAUUCGGUAUUCUCGGUUUCAGCAAUGCUACCAGUGGAAUGGAGUUUCAGUUCUUUUUCUACUUUGAAAAGUACGAGACGCCUAAAUUGGGUCCGAUACUCGACGGUACCAUGACAACAGGGAACAUUGGACCAGUGGCGCUAACGGACAGAUUCGUCCGUUUUCAUCUCGAGCCAGAGCUGCAAGUCGCCCGUGUAACAAGUUGGAUAAUGGGCAAAGAUGUAUACCCGAUCAUACAAGGAAACGAUCUCACCCUAUCGUGUGAAGCGAGAGGUUCCGAAAAUCUGAAAUUCCGAUGGUUUAAGGAUAACGCACAGUUCGAACCACUGUUGUCGACUCGGGAUGCCUUUCAGUCAAGGAUACCUUCAACAACAGAGGAGAUGAUCAGAUCCGUGAUGAUAAUAGACAGAGUCAGUCCCUUCGACAAAGGGACAUUUACAUGUGAAGGAUCAGAUUACGGCGAAGUUCAGAACAAGUCAAUAUCAAUUGACGUCAUCACUUUUCCGCUUGUUGACCUUGACCCGUUAUCCACGUCAGUACUUCCGGGUGCAAAUGUGACGAUCCGUUGCAUGUCUCCAGAUGAUACUCAGAACAAGUUCAAGUACGAGUGGUUUGAGAAAGGUUACAAAAUUCAAAAUGGAAAACAAGGCAACCGCGUUGAGGAUCUCAAACCAACUGGGAUUCGCCUGUUUGUGAGGAACAUGCAGCAGGGAUCUGUUUUCACAUGUCGUGUAACCAACAAAGCUGGUUCAGUUAACGUCACUUCGCAUGUCUAUGUUUGGCCUGCAAACGAGACGUCGUUGUUUUGCGAGAAAUCGUAUGUGGCGGAGGUUGAGUGGAGGCGCACAGGAGGUGGUCAUUUUGACAAACAGCGCUGUCCUGCAGAACCCACUGAAACAGGAGAAAUUAUACAAACAGAUUUCAGUAAAUACGGUACUAGGGAUAAUGGAUAUACCACAAGGACGUGUUCUUGUGACAAAGGAACCAUGCAUUGUGCUUGGAACAGACCGAACUUUGCCAAUUGUCAGUCCCUUGUUCUCGUCCAGAUAUACGAUCAGUUUGAGAUGUUGCGCCUUGGGUACCAGCUUGCCUCAGUAAAAUCAAUUUAUGAAGAACUAAAACAGUUUGUUGCAAAACGGAAAAACAGUUUAUAUGCUGGGGAUGUUGAAAUGGCCUCAAGUCUCCUCUACGAGCUCCUACGCCUCGUCAAAAAUGUUCCAGUGCUGGCAGGGCGCGGUGAAAAGAUUUCAGUAGUGUCGAUAGUGAACUUAUUGGAUCUCAUGCUGUCUGAAACGUCCGAGGCGUCAGUAGAAGAACUCCAGGUACUGCAGGUAGGGGGCACUUUUAUAAGGACAGUCGACCUACUGGCCAGUGGUAUUACCUCCUGUCUUGAUUUUGACAUCCGGAUGCCGAUUUACUCCAACCUAAUUGAAAUCAAAGUUAAAAAGAACAAUGUCGGCAUUGACGGAAGUCACUCCACCCUAGAACCAAAUAUGCCAUCUAGCAGAGAAGGAAUGUAUGGGAUAGCUGGUGCCCGAGACACGAGAGAGACCAUGUCGGCAGCAGGUAUAGAUAACCCGAUGGAUGUGAUGUAUGUACAGUACACUACACUAGAAUCAAUCCUCAGGCAAAAAACAACACAUACAAGCUUGGAUACCAAUUUGGCUCUCUCCGACAUACAUGCUGUCUUUCCUUUUCCCACUGACCACUUUGCAAAAAGAAAACUCAACACCGAAUUCACUGUUUUUCAUAAAAAUCAGUCCGAUAUCAAAAUCUUCAACAAGACGAUGUGUCUCAGGUGGCAAUUUGAUGACAGCCAGCAAGACAAAGGGAAAUGGACAGCGGAUGGUUGUAGUGUGGUUAAGACGACCUUGAUAACUACUGUUUGUAACUGUCGUAUUCCAGGACAUUUUCUGGUAGUGGCUAUGGAAAAAAAUAUUACAAUUUCACCAGUUUUUGACCAACAAACAUCGAAUAUCCUAAUUCUAGUUGGAAGCAUCUUAAUGUUGUGUGGGGUAGCUGCCACACUCAGUAUAUAUCUUUUAAAAUGGAGGCAGCUGAUUGGCGGAGAAUACGUCAUCAAUCUCAAUUUCCUGCUUAGCCUGCUCGCUCUGACCAUUGUGUUCCUUGCCUGUCUAUACAAAAGUGAUAUUUACAUCAUCUGCUACAUGUGCCAAAUUCUGAUUUAUUUCUUUCUCCUAUCGUCAUUUUCAUUCCUUUUUGCCGAGUCUAUGUUCUUUUUCUUCAACACAUACAGCGAAAAGAGAUCGUACAUCGGUACAUACAAAUACCUGCUGAUUGGCUGGGGAAUACCGUCUGUGCUUACUCUCUUCUUCGUUAUUGCAUCCGAGGUGUUCAAGAAAAGUCAAGAUUGCCUAAUGCUUUGCUGGCUAACUCGAGCAGACUGGCAGUUUUAUGGGUUCAUUGUCCCAGUCAUCUUUCUUGUUAUCGGUUAUAUGAUAUUCAUGGUUACAAGUUUGAAAAUGUGUAUAACAUCGACAGAAGAAUGGAGAUUUAAUAAGCGAAGGAAAUUGGGACUACGAUAUGGAAAAUCGUUGUCUUUGUUGAUUCUUCUACUAGCCGUUAGCAUAUUAUCAAUGGAUCUCAGCGACAGUGACCAGUUUGAAAUAAUCGUACUUCUCUUCAUCUUUAAAACUUUGAUUGCAUUAUGUGUGUUUGUGCAUAGAGGCAUCCUGGACAGACAGCUAUUGAUAGUGUUCUGGAAGAUGAAUACAAAGAGGUACAGAAAACGUGACCGUGGCAUCUCAAUAGACGAGAAGCCUGCAAACAGCGCUUUUAGAUCUUUUAUAAAACCUGAAAAAAUCCAAAUAGAAAAAUCAAGUAAAGAGCAAGAUAGUGUAAAUAAAUAUUAUGACGAAGUUGACAGACUCAAAUUCACGAAAGAACGGAAAAGGCAGUUGUCUUCGUUAUUGGGAAGUAGUUCAGUUGCAACCAAUCUCAGUGUUGUAAGUGCUGCCUAUUUACGUCGGGAUAGACAUGGCGACCCGAACGGUGCCGAUAGUGGUAUAUUCGUUGGAUCAGAGAACGACAAAUAUUUAGCGAACCUCUCGGCAGAUUCUUCACCCCCUUUAUCGGUGUCGAAUAACAAAACCAGCUUUCUGGCUCAUGCAAACGUGCACUCUAGCAGUUCACGGCAAAAUGAAGAUGAGAACAUGUUUGACAUGCCAACAUAUGCUGAUGCUCUAGAUGAGGGGUUUCCUACGGAGUUGCAUCCACUUCAGCCUAUGAACACUCGCACAGUAAAAGGUCGAAGUACACGACCAGAUAUCAAAUCAUCGGUAGGACAAAAGGAAGAGGUAUCCCAUCUUCUAUCAUCAGAACGAUCCGAUGUUGAGGAGGAUGACGAAUAGUUCCUAGAUAACAAUCUACUUUGUUUAAGUUUUUGUAUAUAUGAUGUUAAUGGUGUUUUCAAUGUUUGUUUGAGCAGCGAUCUAUAAUAAUAUGAAAACCAUCUUAUUUCCGAUAAAUACCGGUUAAUGAAAACAAGUUUUUGCCUUAUCAUGUUUUGUCCAUGCUGAAUUGUAUAAGUAGCUUCUUGAUAUUGCCUUUAAUGUUUCAAAGUCAAUCAUAGUGCCAGAUGUCAGUCAGCAUUUUUGGAUUCAUGAACAUUCAUUGCCUUUAGCUUGUGUUUUGAAAGUGCCUUCAACACUUAUAUUACAACAAUUUGUAUACCAUCAACUCUAAAAAUACCGAAAGACUAAGUUUCCUGUCACCUAUAUGUAUAUCAAAUGAUACUAAUUCAGUUGUAGAAUAUUUUCAUACCAAAGUGGUCGGUUUAAACAGGAAAACGUAUAGCAUGAUAUUCAUUAUGUCUUUCCUUCGAUAAUUUUGGGUCAGUGGUUUGACUGAAGAUAAUAACAGAAGACAACACGGGUCGACUUGAUUAAACAUCUGUCCCUGUCUGACGAUGCUGCGAUAUAUUUUUUAACCAUUUAAUCUGCCGCAAAAUAUACCGUUCAGGUUAUUUUUUAAAUUCUGCUCAGAUUGAAAUGAUCAGAAUAACGCUUUCAUCAAAGUACGAAUAUAACUUAUAGUUUGAAUAUUAUUGUACAAUUACUCUUUUAUAAGGAUUGAGUAUCCAAUUGUCCAAAUAAACAAAAUGUAGCGAUCAAUUAACUACACAUACUUUUGUUAGUUUCCUUGAUAUUACAACUGACACAAAUAACGCUUGAGCGUUAUAAUGCUUUUUUUGGAUGUUUGUUAUUCUUUACAUUCAAGACAGUGUCAUUUUUAGAAACAUCUAUACACUUUUCAUAUGAAUCUCAAAACUCGUCUAUGAAUCGUACGAAAUUCCGCCCAUUUAAAUUACUUUGUCGAAUAGAUGUUUUCAUACCAUCAUGUAUUUAUAAAUAACACUGUUAUGGAAGUGUAUAUCAAUAUAUAAAUAAUAGGGUUUUACUGUAAAAUUGGCAAAAUUAAUCAAAUUAAUUGAUAUAGUUAAAUAAUAUUUGCGUAUUCUUAUUUUCGCGAUCGUUGUUUAAAUGGCGAAUUUGUGAAAGGUCCAUAAACGAUAAAUGUUUUGUUGAAUUUUAUAUGAACGAUCAUCGCUAAAUAGUUUAAUUUGCAAAUUAACGAGUAAAUAAUAUAUUGAUGCAAAAUCAAUAAUACAGUAAUUAAAUACUUUGACACAACAACAUCAUCCCGCUAUCACAUCAACAUACUUGGUCGCAGUACCAUAAAUUGAUAAAAACAGAGAGAUAUAUUAAUUUUUUCGUGGAUAGGUAUUCUAAUAUAAAUACGUAUCUAGCGUAUAUCUUACUUAGAUGUAAAGAAAAAAUAUUAUUUUGAAAGAGUUUUUUUUUAUUUCUGUCAUAUGGAAACGUUGAAUUGUCGACGGUGUUUUGAGUAAUUUUAACCCUGAUGAUCUGGUUUAGACACCAAGCCUCGAAUUAACCCCCUCCCUUUUAUUAUUCAAUUGUUAAUUGGAGGUCCUGCAUUCUGAACGUGAGCUGUUAUAUUCGAUAAAAUGGUACCAAAUAUGGCGUGAAUGACAAUUUUAUAAGUAUUGAUAAAUAUAUUAGAUAUGUGCGUGUAGAUUCGCGUUAUUUAAUUAUUGCUGGUUUAUGUUAUGUAUUUGCCUAGAAUACUUCUAAGGUAAUUUGACAUGUCUUUCUAGUCCAGAGUUUUCGUUAACAUUCCAAUAUGUUACCAGGACAAAACACAUCAUAUAAUAUCAUAAUUUUCAGGAUGAUGGAUCAUUAUAUAUAUUCUCGUUUAAUUGUCGUUUUGAAAGAGUCAAAGAUAUAUAAAAAAUAAAUAAAAAAAUGUAAAUACGUUUUUUCAAAUCAACUUUCCACUCCUGACAAGGAGGACAAUUUUUGGAUUUGAAAUAGUGAACCUAAAAACGGAUAUUUUUACAAUUUAUGAAGGUUAAACAACACGUGAAUCAACAUAAAUUCAUAUAUUAUUGAUGAUAAAAGUUGUAUUUUUUUUUUAUAACAGGUGUAAUUUCUUUUUUUAAAUUAUGUGAGGGUUUUUUUUACUGAUGAUUCAAAACAAAAAUUAAAUUAUAAUACAUAUUUAACUAUUUUCCCGUCAGCAAUGAUUGUAUGAUUGUUUUUAGGUAGUCAUUUAGGCCAAAACGCGCAAAUACCAUCGAUUUUCUUUCCAGCUUGGGUUACAGGAUUCAUGUUGGCUAUAAAAAAGGGCAAAACAGAAAAGAGAAGCAUGAUCAAACAAUGAUUCAUCAUCUUUAAACUUGUACUGAUUAAUGCAAAUUACAGAAUAUGUUAUCAGUGCCGACUCUAGGGGAUACAGAUUAUUAAAUCACUUUGAGUGGGUAAAAUGAAUACAGAAUAAAAGUUAUACAAACCAUCUGCAUGGACGAUUUUAAUAUAAAAAAAAAAUUGAUAUAACGUAAUGAAACAUUUCUCAACUCCAUUUUAUUAAACGUGGAUCAUGCAAACUGUUUUACUGUUGAUGAUGUCAUAACUAAAUUUGAAACAUUAAAGGGGUAUGUUUAUAUUGCAGUAACUCAUGUGACAUUACUCGAAAAAUAAACGAACGACAAUUUAGUCCGAGGGGUAGUAGAUUGUUCCUUCUCACAAUAUUUGCUGCUUUCCAGUAUUUGGUUAUGGAUAAUUCCAUACGCGAUAAACUUUGUUACAAGUUUGAAAAAGGAAGUAUUAUAGUGUUAGGGAAGCCACAUGUCUUUAUAAUUCUUUUAUUAAUUUAUCAUAGCCUAACGUUUUGUUUGCAUUCCAUUUUUUUCUAUUCAUUUUAUUGUUAACAAUUCAUAUGACCGAGUGGCUGUGACACCAAAAACAGUUCUGUCUCCAAUGAAGUGUGUGAAUGUGUUAUCAGUAAGGUUUGUGAAUUUGGUAUCAGUAAGGUGUGUGAAUGUAUUAUCAGUUAGGUGAAUUACAAGUGUCUAAUUUCUUGAGAUUAAUAACUCGAUCCUUUCAAAGUCAAUGAAAUCAAACGAUUUGAAAAAUAUUUCCAAACAGUCAUUACCGAUAACGUUUAAUUGGUGAGGUAAUAGAGUUGCCCUACCGAUGAUCAAAACUGACAGACUAUAGGCAUGCACGCUUUGCAUAUGUGAAUCUCAAAGUUGUCAUUUCAACGUGUGUUCAAAAGCAUGACUAAUUAAUCAUAAAUAACCAAACAGUGAAGCUGAUGAUGUCUGAGUUAUCAUUUACAUGUUCUUUAUACUUACUCUUACAAACAUAUGCCGAAUGCGUGUUUUAGUAAGAGAUGUAGCCAACUCCAUGAAGUAAUCGGUAUCACGUUUAUAGCCAUCACCAUAUGGCUUAUUCAUUUUUGAUCAACAGAAACGUUAAUUAUUUCUCCUAGUUAAUCUUAGAAAUAAUUUUUAUUUUAAUAUAUUUGCCUAUGAAUGUUUAAGUGAAAUAUUAUGAUAUACAGAAAACCUUCAUUGUUCAAUCCCUAUUUAUUGGUUCUCAUUUGCAGUUUUUGCUACAUCGUAUACAUAAUUACGUUUUUCCCCUUCACCAAAAGUUCCUUUUUUUUCAAUUUUUGAAAUUUAAUAAGCCAUGAAACAUAGUUAAAUAAAUCAUAUUUAUAUGUUUCAUUACAUUCCAUUUUAAGUGUUCUUAUUAAAGAUAAAAAACAACAACUUUAAACUACAAAACAAAUCAUGAAAUUAUAUUUAUAUGUUGCAUGAAUAUUAUCUGUAUGAGAUAGUAUUUAAUAUCAGUAUUUAAUAUCUAAAGAACGCUAUUUAAUAAUGAUACGUUUAUUAUACUAUUUAUGUUCGUGUUAAUUGUAUUCAUUAUUUAAAAAGAUUAAUUAAUUAAGAUGAAUAUUUAUUCGUUAAAAAAUGUUUACAUUACUGAUCUCCCUUUACAGUGUAAUUACCUUUUUGGUAAUUAUUAUUGUUCUCCAUAUAUUCCUUCCCUGUACUUUUUGCAAAGUCUUUCCAGUCACAUCUACAAUUUGCCCAUGUUACAGUGAACCCUUUAUGGUUUUAAUAAAUACAACAUUGAGAAAAUGUGAAACCAUGAGUUUGUUUAAAUAUAUAUAGGUACGCGUGGUCUCACAUUAUCGUAACAAUAGCGUUUUUAGAGGUUUGCUGUACACAUAUGAACAUUUGUAUGAUGCUGCUAAAGGUCUCAUUAAUUUUUCCAGGACUGUAUCGACCAGCGAUUAUCUGUGAUGUGAAUGGUGCGUUUUCAAAAUCACAAGUUUUUCGUAUUAUUCUCCGUCUCUUAAUGAGAUUCACUGUAGCUUUUGAUUAUUGUACCCAUGUAUGCGUUUGAAAAAAAUGGAAUUAAAGUGUAAAUGACUAAGAAGGAAAAUGCGCGUCAUUGACUUGGACAUUCGCAGGAUGGAGUUUUAUUCGAUAACUUAUAGUCAAUUUACUUACGUAAAAGGAAAUAUAUAAGCUUGUUAUUUUUUUAACAAUCUUUUAUUUUUUGUUAAUAAAAGAGCAGCAUAAUGUUGAGUUUUGUAGCUUGAAUUAAUUGCAUUGAGAUAAUAUUCGUUUGUCCCGAUUGUAAUUAAAAUAGUAUACGAGUUUUAAUUGUUUAUCAUUGAAAAUUAAUAUCAUCAUUAUUAUCAUGAUUAAUAUUGUGUUAUUAUUUUUAUUAUUAUUGUGUAAUAUGGUAUGUUUUAAGUUAUUCCUUAUUGCUUUUUGCUUAUUUGAUAACGCAGUAAAACACGGCUGAUUUCCC